GAUAACAGGCAACCUUAUGUCCCCCGCUAUUCAAAUUUUUGGCUCUACCGACCAUUUUCGAAGACAUUAGAGAGAAGAGAGGAGUGAGUAGCCCUAUCUAUACUGCAAUGGUCAGAUGCGAAAAUGAGAAUGCCAAGACAAUUUGCUCAAUUUGCUUUGAAGAUCUGAAACCAAUCGUCGAAGAUCUCCAAUCCAUUUCUUUGUGUGGUCACGUAUUUCACGAGCUCUGUCUUCAGCAAUGGUUUGAGUAUUGCUCAAAAGGGAAGAACACUUGCCCAGUAUGCAAACAACCAUGUAAAGAGAAGAAUGUCAGUCGACUUUAUUUUCAAUCAGUUGGUGAUACAAAUGAAACAAGCCUCUCCCAGAUUCCGCGUGACAGUGAGCAGAAUCCAGAAGCAUUGCAGAGAGAGGUCAAGAGAUUAGAAGGUAGAGUUUCUGUACUUAGUUCUGCUCUGGAUCAACACCAGAAAGAUCUCAAAGAAAUUACUGAGGAGCUUUUAACAUCUAAGGAACAGGUCAAGCUAGAAGUGAAACUGAGAAGUGAGGCUCUGGUAGAGAGAGCUGCAGCUCAAACCUUGCUUUGUGUGAAGACUAAGGACCUGGAAAAAUCAAUUUCAGAAUGCACAAAGCUAAAGGAAAGAAAUCUCUCACUGGCCAAGGAACUCGCAGCACUUAAGUUGGUCUGUGAUUUAAAUUUGGAGGAAGAAGAUGUCUUAAAGUUUGCUACAUUAGGUAAUGAGGCCAACAGUAAAGAGACAAUUGAUAUUUUGAAAAGAUCACUAGCCAUCCGUAACAAGAGUUACAAAGAAUUGAUGGCGAAGUGCAAUUCUCUUGGACGAGGGGAAGCACGUUCUCUUUGUGAACUUAAGAAAGCCAAAGCCAAGAUCCAUACCCUGAAAGCAAAGGUUCAAAAACUGGAGACAGCUGCUGAGGCAAAAGAAAAUGAAGCAUUGAGAACUUUGAGGACUUGUAAGAGGAUGAGGACACAUGAGACAGAUUCAUCAAUUGCUUCUGUCCAAGAAACCAUAUCUAAGAAGUGCUCAUAUAACAAUCAAGAAAACUGCCCCCCUGUAUCCGUGACUGGUUUGGAUCUAGCGAGUCUCACACACACUGAUUUACCCUAUUCAGGACAAAAGGAAACACACAAAGGGGAGUGUUAUAUAGGAAAUGCUACCAUUGAAGAUACUGUUGCUUGCAAUCCCCCCGAAAAGCAGGAGGUUUCAUUUCUUAAAAAGAAAGAUGAAGAUAUAUGUGAGAUUUCAACAUAUAAGGGGAAUAAAGGGUUGCAUACAAGUUUGAAGUCAACAACUUGUAACAAGACAAGUUCCAUUGAUUUCCAUUUCUCAAACAGAAGUGCAUCACUGGAGACGAUAAGUGCCAGUGCUCAAGUGCGGCAAGAACAAAACAAGGAAGAAAUACAAAGCUCAAGAAGUCCUAAUAAGAGCAAUAAAAACUUGUCGCAUGAUGCAAUUGACAGUGAUGAUGAUGUGGUCAUUUUAGAUGACACGAGUUUACCCCAAGCAUCUUUCCACAUCAGAAAAGAUACUUCAUCUUCAUCACCCCUUCUUGCUGGACCAGAAAUAACUUAUACCCCACAUUGAUAUGAAAACACAGGAGACCGUUGCUUCUCUGGUGGGCUGAUAGGUCCUGAUGGAAACAAUUGGCACUUGGGGAAAUGGUGCAAGAAGGUGGGGCAGAAUAAGGGACCAAUGCCAGCGUCUGCAGGAUCAGCCACCAUUAGUGGUAACCUGAUUGCUGUUGGAGCAGAUGGUAGAGGUGGUAGGACCAAAGUUCUAAGGUCCUCAAACCACACAUCCUUGAACAAUGACAGUUCAUCAGCAUCAACUAAGCGAUUCAAGUAUGCCCUCAAAUCAAAUAGUUUGCAAUCUCAAGGGUGCUUGCAGAUGGAGCACUUUUUUAGUAAGGCUGGGCAGUAGGUUUGUGUGCUCAAUUGGUCAAGGGAGGGGUAGCAUCAUAUGUAAAGCACACAGCUCUUUCUAUCUCUAGCAGUAGGGAGCAUGCUCUGUUAGACAAAAUGGUUUUGUAGUUUUGAGAAAAGAAAUUCUGAUCGAUCUAUCUCAAAAUGAUUUUGAAGUAAAACAGUUGUACUAUAACAAGGCAAUGUAUUUUUGUUGGAGGCAUUAACUGAAAUAUUGUUGUUAAGCAGCUUUUGAUGAUUACUUUAGUUU